AUGAAAGGCCCCCUGCUCCUGCCCCUUCUCCUGCUGGGGACAGUUGCUGCUCUCCAUCUGGAGAAUAAUGCUCCCAAUCUGGACAGCUGGGAGACACAGGCAGACCUGAGUCAGAAUCUGGAAUGUUUAGGGGAGCAGGAGGGAGACUCUGCCUUCACCCAGAAGGUGAUUCAGUCAGAAGGAGAGGAGACCAAGCCUUCCGGCUAUCGGGACACAUUUGAGGGUGAGGAGGCCAUGGAUUCCAACCCAGCUGCCCUAGACAAGGACUUUCAGUGCCCCAAGGAAGUGGACAAAGUUUAAACUCCAGGCAGUCCUGCGUGCAAGACUUGUUGCUUCCUGUUGGUGCGAAACCUUGAGAAAUUUGUAAAUGCUCAGAAGGUGCUCGUCUCCAUACACAACUCCAACUCAGAUCAUCACGUCCUGUGCAUGGCCAGAGGGGUCAAUGAAGGCCAGGCCUGGAUUGGAGGCAUGUUCAAGGGCUGGAGAUUUCAAUGGGCUGAUGGGAGAUGCUGGAAUUUUGGAUACUGGGCCUCAGAGCCUGUGAAUGGGGAAGGCAACUAUGUAGCCCUAUGGACCAGAGGAGAGGGGGACUGGGACCAGGGCAAGGGAAAGCAGUGGCAAGCUGACUUCAUGUGA